CAAGCUGUUAGUGACAUUCAUGUAGUGGUAAAUUAACCUGUAUUCUGGUGGUUUUGUGUCCCUGUGAGACGGCGUGCCAGUCCAGUUCUCCUGCAAACACCACUGAGGCACAGAAAAAGAAGCAGUCCCAUGUCCCGGGCUGCAGUGUGGUGGCUGGGUGUAUGGGUUGGGGUGUGCGUCUGGGCUGCGCCUCCUCAUCACCGCGGCUGGCUGCGGCUGUGGGAGGAGGGUGAGAGCUGCGGGGAGUGUGACAGGUCCCGCUGUCCUGCGGCACCACCCGGCUGUCCGGCAGGUUUGGUCCGGGACAGGUGUGGUUGCUGUGAACACUGCGGCAACGCUGAAGGUCAAUGGUGUGACUUCAACAGUUCUCAGGAGUUCUAUGGUCGCUGCGGUGACUUGCUCCACUGCCAGAAGAGGCCGUCUCAGGCCAGGUUUCAGUGGGGUGACCCUGAACCCAGGUGUGUGUGUGAGAGCCAGGGUGCAGUGUGUGGCUCGGAUGGGCAAACCUACCCCAACCUGUGCCAGCUGAGAGAGGCUUCAAAUCAGUUAGGGACAACAGUGAACCUAACAGCACGAGGACCAUGCAGUUCUGCUCCUCGCAUAAGCAGAGCACCCAGAAACUCACAGAGCUACACAGGACAUGACAUCGUGUUUGGGUGUGAAGUGACGGCCUAUCCUCUACCACGCGUCGGCUGGAAGAAGAAGGGCAGAGACAGCUUCCUGCCAGGGGAUGACCCACACAUCUCUGUACAGGCGCGUGGUGGGCCGCAGCCCUACACUGUGUCCACCUGGCUCCAGAUCCACGGCCUCCGAAAAUUAGAUGCCGGCAUCUAUGUUUGCAUCUCCCACAAUGCACUGGGAGAGGCAUCUGCCUCUGCUCACCUGUCCGUGCUCAGAAAUGCGGUCAGAGGAGUGGACCGUGGCCUUUAUAAUGGCUUUUUCUAUGACACAAGAGAAGAACUACAAGAAGAAGAGCUGGAUUCAGGGGACUAUAUAAUUUAACUGCAUUCCAAGGCAGACGGGAUCUGGUCAUUGCAUACACUAUGAUCAAUUAUGACCAAUCUCAGGUCUCUAAAUGGAAGAUUUUACAUAUUUGAU